AUGCGGUUGGGAAGUGCUUAUGCGUAUUGCAAACCGUCGCAGAAUGUUGGGCUGAAGCUGGACCUAUUACGGGGGCUCCCAGGGUACGUGGGCCAUGCCACGAGCAGGAUUAAUCGGUUGGAAAACCAGGACAAUUACUCGAUCAAAAUGAUGCGGUCGUGGCCCAAUACGUAUGGCAGUGCUUUGAACUGUUCUGUAUUUGAUGGCCAUGGGAAGAAAGGUGCGCAGCUGUCACAGUUGCUUGCAGACAAGCUGUGCGACAGCCUAGAUCACCGUGAACCCUGCUGGGGAAAGCAGGACUUGAAGAGACUGGUACAAGAGUAUGCAAGAAGGUUUCCCGAGGGGAACUAUUGGAAGCACAAGCUGGCCACGUUCGAAAAAUUCUAUGAAAAGUUCAUAAGAAACUGCAAUUCGAAACAGGAACUGCUUUUAAUGGAGGAGGGGGACAAUGCCGUCCUGGUACAAAACGGCGGCAGGAUGAUCUUUGACAAGAUGGGGAACAUCAUUGACAAGAUCGCGCUGCUCACUGAGCUGGACCGGCUGCGGCUGUUCUACGGGUUUGCCAAGUUUGAUCUCGACCAAUGCUGCGACUUGGGCACCGCAGCUGGGUCUACUGCGUCGUCCAUAUUUCUGUAUCCCUACGACAAUCCAAAUACACCCGUGAAUGGGGGCAAAGACGACGACUCGUGGAUUAUAUCGCAUUCUGGGCUGCUCAAGCUCAUAGUCACCCAGGUGGGCGACUCCAAGAUCAUUCUAUGCGACCAAGACGGGAUUGCGCAUUCAUUAACAACGACCCACCACACCAAUUCCAGCAGGGAACGGCGCCGUUUAAGCCUGGACCCCUCUGGAUUGAACCCAGACGCCUUCGGAGAGACCAGAUUCUUGAACAAUUUUGCUAAUACGAGAUCGUUUGGGGAUAUGGCAGGGAAACCGUACGGUAUAUCUAGCGAACCAGACAUCUUCUCGUUCCUCAUCGGGAACACUCUGCACUUGCCGCGUCCUGAACGGUCGAAACUGCCCUUCAAUGGCGACGAAUGCUUUCUGGCACUCGUCACCGACGGCAUUUCCAAUAAGCUUGCAGACCAAGAGGUCGUUGAUCUCAUCACCUCCACGGUGAACUCCUGGGGGCUGAAAAAGGCCACUCCGCAGUUCGUCGCAGAGGAAACUAUAAAGUUCAUCCAGGCCAUCGCCUCCAAGCACUCGGACAACGCCACUUGUCUGGUCGUCAGGCUAUCCAACUGGGGCAACUGGCCCAACGUCGAUAGAACUGGUCUCCAGAGAGAAACCAAACUGAUAAACGCCCAAUCUAGCGAAACUAAGUUGAACUAG